AUGAACAAAUAUUCCACUAUUUUUGAACAAAGAGUGGGAUGCAUUCCAAAUGUUGUUUGUUCACUUAAAAUUAAAGAGAAAACCAAACCCAUUUACGUAAGAGAACGAGAAGUCCCAUUUGCACUGCGUGAGAAAGUUGAAAAAGAACUAGAUGAACUCGAAAAUGACGGAAUAAUUUCAAAAGUAAAUACAAGCGAUUGGGGUUCACCGUUAGUGAUAAUUCCAAAACCCGAUGGUAAGGUGCGACUAUGUGUGGAUUACAAAGUUGGUGUAAACCCUCAGCUCGAAACAGCUCAUUAUCCGAUUAAACGAAUCGAUGAACUUUUGAAUCAGUUACGAAAUUCAAAAUAUUUUUGUCGUUUGGAUUUAUACAAGGCAUAUUUACACGUUUUAGUCGAUGAAGAAAGCAAGCAAGUACAAACUAUAUCAACACACAGAGGCACGUAUCGAAUGAACCGUUUAUCUUUUGGCAUUAAAACAGCUCCUAGUGAAUUCAAUAGAAUACUAGACCAAAUACUUCAAGGAUUAGAAGAAAUUCGAUAUUUAGGCUAUGUUAUACGUAAAAAUGAAAUUCUAAAGUCACCAGAUAAAGUUCAAGCUAUUAAAGAUAUGUCACGGCCCAAGAAUUCAGAUGAAUGGUCAAAAUCGUGCGAAUUAGCAUUUAUUAAACUCCAAGAGGAAAUUAUGAGCAAUCGUGUAUUAACUCCUUAUGAUCCACAGUUACAGACUUUUUUAGCAUGUGAUGCGAGUCCUGUUGGAAUAGCAGCUGUUUUGUCACAGAUUGAUGAGGGUGUAGAACGACCAAUUGCAUUUAUAUCUCGAUCACUAACACUGUCAGAACAAAAUUAUACUCAACUCGACCGCGAAGCACUAGCUAUUGUUUUUGCCAUUGAUAAAUUUUACAUACUUCUAAGGUAUGCUUCGUUCCUUCAAGGAUUUAACUACAAAAUUCAACAUAAAAAAGCAGAGGAACAUCUUCAUGUAGAUUGCUUGUCGCGAAACCUUUCAACCGAUUCAUUUCAAAAAUUUAAAUUUUUGCUAGACGACGAAAUCAAAGACCUUCAAGACCAAAUUAUCAAUCAAAUAUCAACCGUGUCGUUAACAGCAACAUCUAUAGCGAAGGAAACAGAAAAAGAUUCAAAAUUGUCGAAACUUAAACAGGAUUUACUUAAAGGCCAAAUAGAAAACCCAGAUUAUUCUUUACAAGAUGGUGUUAUUUUUAAAGGAAAUCGCGUCGUUAUUCCAAACACUCUUCAAGACGAAGUCCUUAAAGAAUUGCUUCGUACUCAUAUCGGAAUUGUGAAAAUGAAACAACUGGCUCGUAAAUAUUGCUAUUGGAAUGGAAUAGACUCAAGCAUAGAAAAACUCGUCAGGUCUUGUGAAAAAUGUGCUCUUUGUAAGAAUAGUCCUCCUCAGAUCACUACUCAUCAUUGGGAUGAACAAAAUGCUAAUUUCGAUAGAGUACAUAUUGAUUACGCUGGUCCAUUGCAAGGUUAUAAUUUCUUCGUUCUAAUCGAUGCAAAAUCAAAGUGGCCAGAAAUCAAAGUUACAAAUUCAGCUCCUACAUCAGAGGUAACUAUCAAAUUUCUUCAAGACAUUGUAGCAACACAUGGUCUACCAAAAGUUAUUGUAUCAGAUAACGCUUCGAUUUUUCAAAGCAAUGAAUUCAAAGCAUACAGUAAGGAAAAUGGUAUAAUGCAAAAAUUUAUAGCGCCAGGACAUCCAGCUACAAACGGAGCAACACCUUUAUCAAAUGGUAAAAGUCCAGCACAACAAUAUCUUGGAAGAGAGAUGAGAAUCAAAUUAGAUUGCCUACGUCCUGUUAAAUAUGAAAAAUCUUCCAACGAAAAAGUCAACUCAAUUCGAAAUUUAAGUGUGGGAGAUAGAGUUCAGUCAAGAUUUUACUCAAACGGAAAGCCAGCUUGGAAAUUUGGAGUUGUUAAGAAAAAGUUUGGUCAACUGCAUUAUGAAAUCGAGCUCGACAAUGGAUAUGUAUUAAAACGCCAUAUAAACCAAUUAUACAAAUCAGAAGUGGUUUUACCCGAAAAGGGAAAUACUAUUCAAGAAGAUCAACCGAAAAGAAGUGAUCCAAGUAUAGAUGAAAUACAAAUUCAAUUUGAGCAAGUUCCAAAGAUGUCGGAUUUUACAUUGGACCCGAAGAAUUUCGGUUUGGUGCGAAUAGCUCAUAAUUAUCACAUUUAUUAA